CUUCCGGCCGCCGCCGCGCCCUCGCCCUACGGUGGAGCCGCUGGGGCCGCUUGUGCCAGGCAGCCGCAGCUGGGACCUCCUCCCUGGGCCGGCUGACCCCGGAGGAGGAAGCCGUGAUGUCUGCCUUGGGGGCCGCAGCUCCGUACCUGCAGCACCCUGGCCAAGUCAGUUUCCUGGGGUCCCAGCCCCCUGCGGAGGUGGCAGCCAUGGCCCGGCUCCUGGGGGACCUGGACAGGAGCACUUUCCGGAGGUUGCUGAAGCUCGUGGUCAGCAGCCUGCAGGGCGAGGACUGCCGGGAGGCUGUGCAGCGCCUCCGGGCCAGCACCGACCUGCCGGAGGAGCGGCUGGGCGCCCUGCUCGGGGGCUCGCACACGCUGCUCCAGCAGGCCCUCCGGCUGCCGCCCGCCGGCCUGAAGCCCGACUCCUUCCGGGACCAGCUGCGGGAGCUCAGCAUUCCCCAGGACCUGGUCGGGGACUUGGCCAGCGUGGUGUUCGGGAGCCAGCGGCCCCUCCUCGACGCUGUCGCCCGGCGGCGAGGGGCCUGGCUGCCCCACGUGGCCGACUUCCGGUGGCGGGUGGACGUAGCGAUCUCCACCAGCACGCUGGCCCGCUCUCUGCAGCCAAGUGUCCUGGUGCAGCUGAGUCUUUCUGAUGGGUCCGCACACCGGUUCGAGGUCCCCGUGGCCAAGUUCCAGGAGCUGCGAUACAGUGUGGCCCUGGCGCUGAAGGAGAUGGCGGCGCUGGAGAAGAGGUGUGAGCGCAAGCUGCAGGACUGAACCUCGCCGGGCUCGCCGCGCAGCUCAGCUGGGGACAGCACGCUUUGGCGGACUGCAGAGGGCGCCAAAAGGCAGAUCGAUGGCAUUGUGCAGUUUUGUGUUUAAUGGGAAGUAAAGCAGCCAUUAAAAGCAUGUUCCCUAGGUGGGCGUACACUGCACCCU